CAUGCUAGCGGGUGCGUCGGCCAAGGCACUGGCGCAGAGCAGCAAAGGCAGUGGCGGCAGCAGCGGUGGCAAUGCCGAAGUGUUUGGCAAGGGCAACGAGCACACUGCAGCCCGGCUGGGCAAGAAGACCAUCUCGGUCCCGUUUGGUUUCCGCUUCCUCCGCAGACUCCGCGAUCCAGAGCAAAAGGCCAUGCACCAUGUGGCGUACAACGCCAAGCGCGACUCGUUUGCAGUCCUUGACAACGCCUGCCUCCACCUCUACCGUGGCGCCCGCGAGAUCAAGCGAAUGCAGCUCCAGCGGAUCCGCAGGCUCGUCACUUUUGUCCUUCUCCCCGAGUUUGAGGUCUACAUCGGGGCGACGGUCGAUGCGACGCUGCGGAUCUUCAACUGGCGGUUUGAGCUCAUCUCGUCGGUGGCCACCGACUAUGUUGACGUCCACGCCCUAACCUACAAUCCGGUCCGAAGCGAGCUGAUUGGCGCAGGCUCGCAGUCGGUGGUGGUGUGGAAAGUAACCAAGGACGCCACGCUGCUGCACCAGAGCAUCGUCUCGCUCACUCGCAUAUUUGAGGCGCGGUCGCCGGUCGCCCGGCACGUGACCGGUAUUGCAGUCUCCAACUCGUCGUUUGCGCUGUAUGUGUAUUGGGACACCCACCUCUCCAUUCUCGACCCAGUCAUCGGCUCGUCGGAGCGCGCCGCGCUCGACAUCCACCGUCGCCAUGUUACCGGCGUGGUGUGCGAUCCAAAGUCCGAGGUGAUCAUCACCUCGGGCAUGGACGGCAAGAUCAAGAUCUGGACUCUGUCCAUGUUCCUUGUCCGAGUUCUGGACGGCCAUGCCGCCGGCGUCACGCAGAUCUCACUCAACCCCGGAAACCCGGAACUGCUGCUCUCAGCCUCGCUCGACCGCUCGGUCCGAGUCUGGGACAUCCACACCCACCAGCAGCUCUACCGACUCGACUUGACGACGCCGGCCCUCGGCGGAGCCUUCAUCUCGCCGAACACCUUUUACUGCCGAAGCAACCGCGCCAUCGACGUGUGGUCCAUGGCUCGCUCGUUCUCGCACUUUUGCCUUGUCCGCGCCCCGGUCAUCGGCAUCUCUCGCGUCGCAGAAGUCAUGGGUGCCCGCCAGCCCGGCCGCGUCUUGUACCAGCUUGCCGACGGCACCCUCGGUCUCAAGACUCUCGACGCCGCAACCAUCACCACGGUCAUCCCGCAGCUCUCAUUCUGCACUGUGGCCGAUGUGGCGUACUUUCGCAAGGGUGAGAUUAUGGUCGUCCUUCUCGACGGCUCGUCGGACACUGAAAACGCCGACGUCUCUCGCUCGCCCCGCCGCCCACCGCCUGGCUCCGACCAUCUUUUACUGCGGCCCGACUCCGCCCUCUCCCGCCAGCGCUCGUCGUAUGUGCGCUCUCAGAGCUGGUCCCGCUCUUCAUCGAGGACGACGCUCACCCGCUCGGCGCUGGGCCCGUCGCCGUCGCAGGCCCACCUCCCGGACAUCGCCGUGAGCCAGGGGGCCGCCCCGCCGCCGCGCAAGAUGCGGAGUGGCGAGAUCAAGACCGAACACCUCUUCCGUUCGCGGCAGUACAAAGUCUCGCGCGCUUUCGCCGACAUCAACCGCUUUGGCCCAGUCGGCGCCGCCGUCCACUCGUCGCGGUCCAAGCACCGCGAGAUCCAUAUCUUCUCCACCUCGACCUCGCCCGCCGCCCACAUCCGCUCAUGGACCAACUACGGGCGCGACAUCGAGCUACGCUCGGAGAUUUGCGACGAAGAGCUCUCAGUCAUCACGCUCGUUCCGCUCGAGUCCCGCAAGUCGCAGUUCCUAGCGAACGUCAACAUGGCCGGUCGCGACCCGGCAAAGGACAUUGCUGUCGUCCCCUCGCACUAUGUGGCGGGUGGAACAUGCUCCGGCACUCUCGUCCUCGCCGACAUGUACCGCAACGGCGACAUCAUCCGCCGCAUCCCGGUCUACGCUGCCGGCACCGUUGCCUGCCUCGAGUACCUGCCGCGGUUUGAUGCGCUCCUCAUCCACAACACGCGCGUUGUUCUCAUUGCCCACAUCGCGUUUGGCUACAACACUUACCACCGCAUCACACCGUCGCUCCACCAACUCGCCACCAUCGACGCUACUGUCGAGACUGGGGCGCUAAUUGCGUCGACCCGAGUCUCAGAUCGAGCGCUCGUCAUUGGAUCCACAGACGGUCUGUUCUCGGUCUACGGCUUCAAAGCCAAGGGUGUGCGCCAGAUGUCGCGGGCAGCGUCGACGGUAGCCUCCACCUUUGCGCCCGUUGGCUCAGGCGCCGCCAACUUGCGCCGAGCAACCGACUCUGCCGCCUUCCCAGACUCGGACUUGGACUCGGACUUGGACUCGGAAUCGGACUCUCAAGCCAACGCUCUGGACUCGUCGUCAUCCAUCCUUCUGCGUGACCGCAGUCGGUGCGAGGUCUCGAACGAAUCCAUUGUGGUCCGCAUCAACCCAAUGCAACGCAGUGGCGAAUCAGUCACUGCCCGAGAGUCGCACAAGGCGCCCAUUUGUGACGCAGACUAUCACCCUGUGUGGCAGAUGGUGGUGACGACGACGUCGUCAGGCCACGUCAUGUUUUGGGACAUCAACAACCAACUCAUCACCGAGCUGUUUCUGGAGAUGGCGGUCCACUGUUGCUGCUUCGUCAACGGGCAGGCUGACGUCCUCGUUGGUGUCGACAACGCCAUGCUUGUCCUCCGUCGUGACUCGUACUUUCCGGCUCCGAUCUCGCUCGACGAACUAAUCACCAUCUCCCCGCAGGCUCCGCAUCCCGGCCUGCCGCCGACCCGCAUGUGCGCCCGAGACUAUGUCCACGACGAGAUCGAGGACAAUGCUGACGCGCUGGACGAUCCCGGUAACGGUUCGUUGCCCAUCCGUGUCUGGCCACGGCACGUGCUGCAGGACGCGCUCGCCUCGGGCCUCAUCCCGGCCGAAUCAAACCUCGCCCAGGCGCUUGCUGCCGAGUCCGAGGCACUGAGCAGCGGAGUAUCACCUCAUGUGCGCGCUUUGCAUUCGCAGUAUGCUCGUGAAGCAGAGAACAAGCCAGUCCAGUUUGACAACGAGAAGCUGGCCUUUGCCUCAAGCAAAGCCACGUUUCUCUCGCUCCCGUCGUCGGCGUCGCUCUCCAACCUCGACCGACUCCGCAUCAUGCUGGCGACGCCAGGGACACCAACGCGUGGCACGCUUGAAGGCCAGCAAGCCGAGGAAACGGGGCUGCCAACCGGCACUGGCGCUGGCCUUGCGCUCUUGAUCAAGGAGUGCCCGCCCAGCCGGCUGUCGUCCGCAAGCUGGAGCAGCAGCACCAGUGAUGGCGAGGCGAGUAGCGAGACCACACCGCCACUUCCGAGCACAGUAGUCUUGUCAGGCUCGACGGACUCGCUUGCUGAGCUGAAUCGGGCAGUGCUGAGCGAUGCAGCGCUGCUGAUGGGCAACACAUCUGACGCCGAGUCAUCUAAGUCGACUUUGCCACCAGACACAUCGCUUCAAGCCGAGCCGUCUGCACAGUCCCUCUCGUCGAGCUUGCUGUCCGAGAGCUGGUACGGUAGCCCGAGCUUUGUCGCCUACUCCAGCGGCGCCGCCGGGGAGUCCGCGCUACCACUGCAGGUUGUCCGAUUUCUCUCAGGUGUUCCGCAGCUCGGCUCUGUCGACGUCAAUCUUGUCCGGCCGCAGCUCGACCGCGGGCUCAAUGUCCGUGCCGAGGGCCGGAUGACAACUGUGCCGCAACAGCUCGUCAGCGAUUCUCUGCCACGUGGAGACGAGUCCGAAGGAGCCACGACUUCUUUCCGCGAGUCGACCAUUCUGCGAAUCCGCUACUUGCUGCGACACGGCGAGUGGGCCCUUGUGGCGCGGGCGCUCGACAUCGUGCGCAUGAUGCGGCUGUGGACCGAUAAUGCGGUGCUCGACGACAUGUUGGUGGUGCUGCGGACGCACGAGUCAUGGAUUGUGCGCCGGAUGCUGGCGCAGAUGCUGGACACAGCCAGCAUUCGGUCUGACGCUGUGGUAUAUGAGCUGAAUCAUGCCCGAAUCAAUGACCCCAACGCUGAAGUCCGGCGUGCAGCGCGAGCCGCGCUUGCCACUCUCCACGUCCAGCGCAAGCGAACCCACAAGGCUGCAGUGCGGAUGGCGGCUGCUGAGCUGGACUUGCUUGUCACCCAGUUUAUGGAGGCCAAGGAGAAGUCACAGCUCGGCAAGGUUUCAGUCGACGACAUGCUCUUUGAGGUGCCUGACGAUGUGGAGGACGAGGACUUGCGAGCUUCGUUUGCUUCGCUCGUCGACUUUAACCGGCGGCUCCGCCGCAUUGCUGAGCUGGUCUUUGCGAGCAAGACCAAAGCCGUCGAAGACGAGGUUGACAUUGCUGCACUGGUCGCUUCUCUGCCGCGGAUGCGCUCAUUUGAGGAGCGAGCUGUGGCACGUGCCAAGGCUGAGGCCGCUGCGCAGGCCGAGGCCGCCGCGCAAGCCGAGGCCGCCGCGCAAGCCGAGGCCGCCGCGCAAGCCGAGGCCGCCGCGCAAGUGGCUAGCGAUGUCGAGAGCGGCGAGUCUGAGGGCGAAAAGCAAGUAGCCACGAGACCAAGAGCAGUGUGACGUGCAGUAGCGACGUCAUCGAGACGGACACACCGUCGUCAGGCGCUCCUGGUGCUAGCGGCGUGUCUGGAGGCCACGAUGCGGUGUCAUCCACCAGUUCAGAGGCGCUCUCAGACGUGCUGGAACGGUUCACUUCAUGCUUGAUUGACGCCGCCGACAUGGCACUGGACGCCGAUGAGUCGCUUGUCCUCCCAAACGUCGUCAGGCUCGAUUAUCAGCGACCGAUUCUGCCACCGGCGACGCCGCGGACACCAUCGAGUGACGAGCUUGUCUCGCUAGCCUCCACAUCGAGUGAUGCAACAGCUGUCGAGAACGCGAUGCCGACCUCGGCGCUUGUCAAGAAGACUUUCACCGACAGUGGGCUGUUUCGAAGCUUGCACAGCAAUAGCGGCGUUCGGGUUGCCGACCUCGACUCGACAGGAGUGUGGGACGACGCGCUGCAAGGUACCAAGUUUGACUCGAUCGUGCUGCCAGGCCACGAGACGGCGCCAUCAGAGACCGACGAAAGCGGCGAGCUCGAGGCAGCGACGCCGCGGAGCGAGUCGACAACCACAGAGCGUGAGACGAGCCGCACCUGGUCGCAAAGCUCGAUGGCAACAGAUGCAAGCAAUGCCUGGAGCGCGCAGGCUCCACAAGCACUCAACGGGUCGGAAACCUCGGACGCUUCGUCGGACUGGGCCGCGCAUCCGCGGUCGCUGGCAGCCCUGCUUUUCUUUCCGACGGCGAGAAUGCAGGUGGAGACAAUAACUUUGCCGCCGGAGGCGGGAAUGUCCGGGCCUAUGCCGAUGUCGACGGUAAUGGGGAUGACGAAAGCGAUGAGAGCGACGCCGCUGCACACCAGCAGCCGCCAAAGGCUUCCGGCGACGAGCCGCCCGCAUCUGAAACAAGGAGCCGGCCUUCACUCCGCGCUGCAGCUGAGGCGGUGAAGAGUGCCCUGGCCUUGCGGUCGCCGUUUUCACGCCGGUGCAGGAUGAUGGGAAGCUGUUUCCGCUCACCGUCUCGUCGUCACGGGUCUCGAUCUACGAACAGCUAGGGUUGGUGCGUUCCGACUCGCAGGCCGAGGCCUCCCACCUGUCGUCAAAAGUGGCACGGACACAGCAAGCUGCGAUCGCACCAGGCUACUUUGGAUUUGAGCUACCCUCGGCUUUGGCAGCCGACGACGACAUCGAAACGCCGGCCGUGACCGUGGCGCUUGACGAGAGCGGCGAUUCAAGCGAAGAUCGGAACAUAAUGGGCACAAUGGCCAUUCCGUUUGAGCGCUCUCAAGACCGCAUCGAUGUGGCUAGUAUGGCGGAGUCGUCCAGGCGGCAAGGCAAGCAGCGGCUCUC